AGCUGCGAAGGGUCGGUGGCCAUGGAGGAGGAGCCGUUGGCGGCAAUCCGGGUGUCUGAGAUGUAGUUAUUUUGAAUAUCUGAUUCGUAGUCAGAAGGCUGGGCCAGGUUUGAGGGAUUGCGGUUGUGGGAGGAUCGAUAGGAGGGUUGUUGAUGAUUGUUGCUGGGCAUGUUACUGCUCCGGUCUUGACCCCGUCUGAGAGGCAUGGCUGCGGCUGCUCUAUUAUGCUACUGUACUGUGUAUUGUAGUUAUGUUCCAGUUGGGUGAAUUAGUUAAAGGGAAGGCGGCAGUGGUGAAGGUUGUUGACAUUGAGAGAUUGAGGCUGAUGAGGAUAAACAAAGAAAAGUAACGUGAGGAGGAACUUAUUUAAAUCGGCUGUGGCUUGGAACAAACGGCUCGGCCGACGACGUCAACGACAACUAAAUAUGUCCACCAACAUCUGGACUUGGACUUAAACAGUUGAGGUAUUAUAUCAACCCCUGAUUAAUGCAUAUAAUACAACGAAAUGUGACUCCAAUUGAUGUGCUUUGAGCUCGUUCUUCCGCUUCUCCGUUAUCUUCACACCCUCAGCCCCUCUUCUAAACACAUGAGCGAAGCUUAUUUGGCUUUCAGCUUGCCACACCAGCCUAAGAACCGCCCAGCUGACCGGUUAGCACAAGGGUUUGUGAACAUCUGUCAUGAACGCAUCGCGGUGGAAGCGCUCAAUGUAUCAACGUAUUUAGCUUUGUCGCCAUGAGGAGCAGAUAAACGUGGUUGGGCUCUUUUACGUAUCUACUCAUCCUCAAUCGCUUAGUUACCACCCCGCAAACCAUGGCCCCGAGCGACGCCCACGAACCCGCCACCGCCCCCGCCCCUGGCCCCGCAGAUGUGCCAGGCGCUUUCCCUGACACCCUCGACAACGACGACGGGGAUAGCUCCCUAUCCUCCGGUCUCCAGUCUAUCUCUCGAGCCCUUAAAGCUAGGAGGUCUGAAUAUAUCCGCCCGCGGAAACUCCGCGUGAAAAUCGGGACGUGGAAUGUUGCCGCCUUACCAGGUACAGAGGACGACGUGGCCUAUUGGUUCGCCAAAAGAGCUGGACGGUCACCGAAUUUACCGUCGAAGCCCUUUGGCGACAGGACAAACGAUAUACAUGCUAGAUCGGGGAAUACCAAGAAUGGCCUUCGGCGCUCUGGCAAGGCGGGAUCCUGGGUCGAUCAGGAAUUGGCAGGUUGUGGAUCUGUACAGUUGGCUGCUGGCGAACCUGUCUCGGCUGGGCCUGGGGCUGCGGGCGCCGACGAUAUCGAUAUUUAUGUGCUGGGACUACAGGAAAUUGUGGACGUUUCAUCUCCGUCGGAGUCGCUGAAGCCAUAUGUCGAUCCGGCGCCGUCCAAUCGAUGGAAGGAAGCCGUUCGGAAUGCGCUGCCCCCGGGCUAUAAAAUGGUAGCGUCGCAGCAAUUGGUUGGCCUACUUCUACUAAUAUUCGCAUCUCCAUCAGUGGCGCCAACGAUAUCUUCUAUCAGUUCCGUGGGUGUAGGCACUGGGUUGAUGGGGUACAUGGGGAAUAAGGGCGGAGUAGCUACGCGAAUAGUCGUAGGAGGAACAACUCGACUCGUCUUUGUCAAUUGCCAUUUAGCGGCCGGUGCAGAUAAGGGCAGUUUGGACAGGAGGAACUGGGAUGUUGCGCAGAUUAUCAACCGCACCAAAUUCGAUCCUCUAGACGAGGAGGAUAUCUUGGGCGACGACGGUAACACGAUCGGCUACGAGGACUUUGCUUUUUGGUUUGGCGACCUUAAUUAUCGCCUGGACGAUAUUCCUGGUGACGACGUACGUCGGCUAUUACAUUUACAUACCGGAAAUAAGUUCCGUGGGACGAGCUCUCCUCGCAUUCCUAAUGAAAAUGUGCCGCUUUCCCCGUCAACACAGAAUAGCAAUGGGAAUAGUUUUGCUUCUUCUGACCAACUGCCAAUAAAUACAAUAUCAAAUUCCGGAUUUACCGAGCCGCUUAUAACAUUGGAGGACAAUUCUAUCAUCGAACCGCUUCUUGAUCCAAUGUCCCUUGAAACUACCCUCGCUUCUCUACUCCCUCAUGAUCAGCUUCACAGGCAGCAACAGACGGGGAAAGCAUUUCAGGACGGUUGGAGAGAGGGAGACAUUUCCUUUUUGCCAACCUACAAAUACGAUAUCGGAACCACCGGCACAUUUGACUCAAGUGAAAAACAACGUGGACCUAGCUGGUGCGAUCGAAUCCUGUUUCGGUCACGGCAUGAUUUUUUAGAAUACAAGCGGAAGGUUAAGGAGGCCGAGGAAGCAAAGAAAAGAGAUGAGGAAAUGAAGGCCCUUGGCUUAGGACAAGGGGAGGAAGAUGAUAACGUUCUUUUUGACUACGAUCCGGAUUUAGAUGGUGCCAAUGAUUAUGACGAGAAUGAAGAUACAGUGGAGCCCAGCAGCGCUCCUCAUAGUAGUCAGUUGGAGCACAUAGACACGAUUCAAAUGACCUAUUAUACAUCACAUCAAGAGAUCGUGUCGUCCGACCACAAGCCGUUGGAUGCGGAAUUUGUCCUUAGUUUUGAUGCCGUCGAUCCGGGGUUGAAGGCCAAAGUACAUCAGGAAGUUGUCCGCGAGUUGGACAAAGCAGAAAACGAGAACCGACCUGGAGUGACAAUUGUUGUGGAGAAUCAACCAGAGGACAGCAGAGAGGACUACCAGACAUCCUCCCUCGCUAACGAUCCGAACGCUGUCAACUUUGGUCAGGUACGAUACGAUGUUCCUGUGUCGCGCAACGUGACGAUUGCCAACACAAGCGGAGCCCCGGCGACGUUCGGUUUCUACUAUAGCCCAUCAGAUAAUGGAGGAGAAAGUGUUGCAACUCCUUCCUGGCUUCAUCUUCGGGUAGACGGGAAUCCCGAUGCCGAUGCCCAACAUCCCAAAAGUCGCCCGGAGUACACAUUACAACCUGGUGAUACGAUAAAUGUACAGCUGAUUCUAUGUAUAUACGAUAUCAAUUAUGUUCGGGAGUUAAAUAACGGGGAGGCGCAAAUCGAGGAUGUUUUAAUUUUACAGGUCACUAACGGGAGGGAUUACUUCAUUCCGGUACACGCUACUUGGAUUCCGACGUGUUUUGGUUUUUCUCUAGAUGAGCUUACACGGAUGCCAGAAGAUGGAGCCCGCCAGCUUGAUAUCAAGGCUCAACCACUACGCUCAAGCGAAAAUCAUGACAAACAGGGUACCCGCGUGUCAGCGCCUCGCGAGCUCUUCAGAUUGACAGAGGCGAUAGCUGACCUUACAGAACGGGCUGUCGCAGAAUGGGGCCAGGUUGGAGAUAAUAAUUUCGAAAAUAAUCCGCCGCCCUGGGAUACCGAGAAAGGAGGGUGGCCGUUCGAAGAGCAAACAUGGGGCUUCACAAAUAAUCACGAACGAUAUCACCUUCUUUCCCGCGUCCGAGAUGCCCUGGAUACCAAUUCACCCCUUACAUCCAUAUUCCCCCCCGAGCUCCGAUCCCAAAAUAGAGUUGAACUCCUUGCAGAAACGCUCCUAUCAUUCCUCAAAUCUAUCCGCGGCGGCAUGAUCACCGCCCCACUUUGGCACGAACUAGAACAAAUAGUAAUAAGCAACGAAAAGUCCAAAUCCCCACCAUCCACCGAACAAUCCCAAUCAAGAAUCCUCGAAGCUCUGUCCUCCUCCCCCGCUCAUAGCGUCUCUUUCACUUUCCUUACUUUCAUGCUAAAUCGUAUCACCAAUGAAAUUGCCCCUCUUUCAACUCCAGCCGCUCAAACAACUCCGACAUCCCCGACAACACCCCUGGAAACCCCAUCGAUAUCUACAGCUUCCCUACCCGGCUCCCCAUCAUCAACGCCAGUACCUCCUUCUUCAGCCACCUCAAGUUCUGCGACCGCAUCCCCACCACUUUCAAUUAACCCUCUGUCUAGAACGUUUAGUAUCCGCCGAGGGAAUCCACUCAACUACUCAUCAUCCGCCGGAACCCACACUGACACCACGGGUGCUCCUGCUGCUGCUGCUGCCACGGUGGGAGCGAAGCCAACGACCGCGUCCGCAAGGCGCCAAGCAGUCAAGAAGGUGUUUACGAAAAUAUUUGCAGAAACAAUAUUUUCGAGUGAUAUUCCGCGGCCGGAGAAGGAUAAAGAGAGGCGACUGUGCGAGGAGAGACGGAGGCGGGUGUUGGAGCCGUUUUUGGAGUGAUUCUCCCUGGCGCCAUUUUCUCCGCCUCUUCUUCUUUGCUUUUGCCGGAUGGGAAUGCUUUCAAGCUAUAUAUCCGCCGUGUUUAUUAACAGUUUUCAUUUGUAUAUCCUUGUUUUGUUGCUUCAUAUUUUCCGGCUCUCGUUUAGAGUCGCUAGUUAUGUGUUUGGAGUGAUUGCCCUAGAUAUAUAUAUUAUGCGUCCCGAGACGUUCUGAGCUGCAUAGAGCAAUAUACGAAACUACGUUUGACGUUUCAUGUUCCCCACAGCAAUAUAUACAUGUAUACCUACCCAACUUCCAUGAAAUAAACUCUCAGUUCCAGGUCCCAAAACAGCUUAGCUGAAUUCACCUCAAGGAUUCCGGACACCUUCCCUAUUUCAGUUUAGUUUCCAAACUCUAUCCACCAACCUUAUAUUUCCUGCGCUCAACCUUGCUAUGUGAUACCAACGACACAAGAGAACUCGCGCACGGCGCAAAAGCUACGGAUAGAACUUGCCUUCUUAUAGUGAAAAACACAGAGCCUACCUAAAAGGGUGUCUGUCUCUUUUAGAUAAAAUAAGUUGGAGGGAGGGGUUCUAUGUAACACCCUCAUAGCCUACAGAUGAGAGCUCAAUAUAUCAGCCUUUCUUAGGCCUUGAUCUGAUCUUGAUAUGCUAAUAUGUUAAAAUUAAAAGGUAGUACUGUCUGCAUGCACACGACGAGGUAUAUCGAGGAAAAUCAUUGAGGAAUAUUGUCAGCUACAGAUGCGGGAUUUAUUCCCUUCUUUCACAUUAUAUCUUCGGCACAACAUGGACUUGCUUUGCGUUUGUUAAUGUUCAUAUUCGUACGAUGGAGGAUAAUCUUGUCAAAGCCGUUGAUAACGCAUUUUCUAUACAUACACAUAACAUAUUCAUGCAAAUUUCAAAUGAAGCCAUGUCUAUCUUGCAUUCCGUCCACCCCCA